AGUGUCAUCUACUCCUGUUGCAACAAGAAGUCGAGGACGAAGUGCCCGUGCGCCCCCGCCCAUAGAUGUCAGACCAUCUACACCAACGAUGCCCUCUGUAUUUGCAUCUGACUCUGGUUCUCCAGCAGCAUCUACAAGAUCUCGUACAAGAGGAGCUACUCCAACACGGUUAGAUUCGCCAAGGACCAGGUCCAUGACAAGAGCAGCCACACCAACCAGGAAUGAAACCAGGGGCACGGAAAGUGACAGGCCUUCCUCACCUGCGCUCAGUACAAGGUCAAGGGCAAGGGCACCAGCUGUGACGUCAACCCCAUCUCGCUCCAACAGGCCUGCUCAACCACAAGCUGCACCACCACCGAAAGAAGCACCUGUUGCUCGUAUUAAGUGUCCAGAAUGCACUUCAACCUUUGCCAACGAUGCAACAUAUAAAAUUCAUAAGAGGAUGCACCUAAUGAAAAGAGUGUUUACAAAGAUUGCAAAUCCUGAAAUGUUUAUGGAGAAACUACCGUCUCUCAUCAUGGAUACAUUGGAAAAAAUCAUUAAAGAAAAGUUUGUUGGUAAAUAUGCUGAUAGCUUGAAAGCUUAUGCAGAAGAAUUAUUGAAAACAUUCUCGUCGCCUGAAGAGGAUCAUGAUCUGCUUUAUAAAUAUCUUCAUGAACACCUGUAUGCAAUUUUAUCAGACCACAGUUCUGUGUUUGCUUCAGCUCUUGUAUACGAAUAUUAUGUUGGUGUUAAUUCCUUGUUAAAUAAUGCUGAUUUCAAGACUUAUUUGAAGAAGUAUGUGCUGUCUCUUGGUGAUGUUGAGUGUCCGUCAGUUGAGGUGUUAGAACUCUUUAUAGGAAAUUUCAUGCUGGGUUUAACGAAUGAGACCUUAAUAUAUUUUGUUAGAACAAUUCAUGGUGCUACUGCAAAUGAUGAAAUAAGGAGAAAAAGGUCAGGUGACAAGAGUGACUCGAGGACUUUUCUAGAAUUGUGUCACUACAUAGGUGGCUCUGUGGUGCAUACUCUGAUCUUUAAAGGUAAUAAAUUCAAGGACACCAAUCACAGCUGGAACUUGUUUUUAGAUGUAGUCCUUAAAAAGUUUCUACCAGUUGAGGGUGUUGGCAGUGCUUGCUCCAGUAGUGCUUCACAUUUUACUAAAUCUGUAGACAGAGGUGGGCUUAAAGACAUAAGCCAAGAAGCAUUAGAUUUUUUUGUUGUAUUAUUUGACAUGCUAAUGUCUCUGGAGGGUCCUGAUGGAUCAUUACCAAAUGAUGUAAUUGAAGAAAAUGUCCUUCAAGAUAGUAGUAUUUUGUGUUUGUGGGAUGUUUUGGUGGGAAGUCAUUUAGAUGAUGACACUGUGUCAUUAGACUUUCUAACCCAAAUUUGCAACACUUGUAAAAAAAUUGUGAUGAAAGGGAUUUUGAAGAGGCGUUUGAACGAAAGAUUGAAGAAAGCUUACUCUGCUGUGUCACUCAGGUCAAGGUUGGCUGAGUGAUGUCUUUGCAGAAUAAAUAUUAUUUACAAAUGACUACACUUUUACGCUGCCAAAUAUGUAGGCGAUAAUGUUUCUAAGUCAAUUUUACCAAGAAGUUUAUGUGUGCAUGUUGUGUUUCUUGUGAUUGUGUUCAUUUUUUCAUACAUAUUUUUUUAGUUUGU